AUGGCUCGACUUUUUGCGUUCGUGGAGGACUGGCUAGACAAGCGAAGCGCGCAAUUAUUUCGAAAGUUUCAGCACAAGGUUUUUGGGUUAACCGACCAGGAGUGGGACGCCUUCCACACACUCCUCGGGUCCCAUGACGCCAUGAGCAUUGUUGUCCAGCGGAAUCGAUGGUUCGCGACGAAUGCCGCCUACUUUAAAGACCUGGAGAGAAACGGGACAAGUGACGAGGCGCGAGACUUGGCAAGAGAAGCGUGGCAGAUGUACUAUUUCGAGCUCAAGGAGAAUCGAGCGGUCUGCGAAUAG